AUGACAGCGGGAGAUGGACGAUCCCGUCCACGCCGUCAGGGAUUUGCAGCGAACAAUGAGGUUGUGAUUAAAGGCCACUCAAUGGAUGUUUUACCAUGCAAUAUAGUAGUGACAUUCAUGUACUUUAACAGUUUCAUCCCAUAUACGAGGAAAGGCGUGAAAGUAACCGUCAGACAGAAGAAACCUGGCUUGAACACCGUCUUGAUGUCACCUUGUAAUCUAUUACAUUAAAUUUUAGAAUUAACUGUUUUCGAAAACAUUGAUCCCUUCGAUUUCAGUUAGUAUGCCGCCAGAAUAUGUUGAGAAGAGCGUUCCGACUGAUUAUGCGAUUUCACCGAACACUGAUUUUGAUCUGCGGAUUAUGUUUUCUGGAGACAAAAAAAUCGACGUAAUUCUGGUGAACGCCAAUGGCGAACGAAGAAAUCUUGCUUCUUUCGACCUCAAUUAUUCUUUCCUUAAUGUGUGGACUGUCACUGGAGAUAUUGAAAAAUUGGAGGAUGUCGUCAUUACGGACAAGUAUCAGAUGCCUUACACCAACACCCUUCAUUGGGGUAUUGGUAAGUUGGGUUGACUGGGAGUUUUCUCGCAAAAGAAGACACACAAUAUUGUAUGAACUUUCAAAGAUUUCAGCCUGUUAGCUCGCACAUGAAAAAAUCAACUCACCGUUUUCAGGAAAGGCAUUAAAAAUCGUAGGCCAACUGAGCAACGAAACGAUGGUAUUCAACAUUCUCAAUGACAAGGACCAGAUCCCACUGACAGUGCUCCUCAAUCCUAAGUUUAAACGUGUCGGCAUUACUAGUUUCGCUAAUGGCGCUUGGCGACCGGAACGCGCCUGCGGGCUGAAGACCAUCGUUGGCAAUCAUCCGUUUGAGCUGGAGAUCAAGUGGUACAGCGAAAAACAGUUGGGACUUGGCGUCAACGGCCUGGACUGUGCGUUCAAAUUUAACCACCUGGUAAAUAACCCAGCUGCCGAAUACAAGAAAAUUCAUAUCAGCAAAACUGAUGGCUAUAUCACUAACAUUUUCGCCGAAAGAAUUAAAAACGGAUAA